AUGGAAAAGGGAGAGAAAAGUGGGGAAGGGGAAGCAGAAAAGGAGGAAAAUUUGGGAGAAAAGUUGAGGAGAGGGGUAGUAUUGCUAGGGAAAAAAGGGGGCCCAUGUACUCCAAUGCUCUCUUGGAGACAUUGGGCUCCUCCUACCCAUGGCACCAUCAUUAAUGAGUACCCUCUUAACUCUCCUUCUGCUAGAAAGCUCGCCGCGGCUUUCUGGGAGUUCCAGCACCUUUAUUUUCCACUAUCUAAAAUGCAUCGUAGUGUCAGUAACGGUGCUGCUGGUUCUGACUCCAGAUUGCGCCGCCACCACCACCACCACCACUAUAAUAAGCUCAGCAGGGACAAGGGUCUGGACCUAUCCCACUUUUUGGCUGAUAAUUCUCCAAGUUCUCCUGACCAGCCAGGCAGCGCAAGCAAUUUGAGGAGGCAUGUUGCUGCAUCACUCAUGCAACAUCAUCGAGCCAUUGAAAGGAAUAAUCAUGCCUUGCAACCUGUAUCUCCCGCAAGUUAUGGUAGUUCCAUGGAGGUGGGACUUUACAACCCUGCAGUCACUCCCACCAGUUCCUUGGAUUUCAGGGGAAGAGUUGGUGAAUCACAUUACAAUCUUAAAACAUCUACAGAACUGCUCAAAGUAUUAAAUCGAAUCUGGAGUUUGGAAGAACAGCAUGUGUCCAAUAUGUCAUUCAUAAAAGCAUUGAAAAUGGAGCUGGAUCAAUCCCGUAUCAAAAUUAAAGAGUUGAUGCGAGAUAGGCAAACUGGUAGAUAUGAGAUGGAUAACUUGAUGAGGCAAAUUGCAGAAGAUAAAGUAGUUAGGAAGAGUAAGGAACAGGAUAGAAUCCAUGUUUCGGUUCAAUCCGUAAGAGAUGAGCUAGAAGAUGAGAGGAAGUUAAGGAAAAGAUCAGAGAGCUUACAUAGAAAGUUAGCCUGGGAGCUAUCUGAGGUAAAAUCUUCUUUUUCUAAUGCUCUGAAAGAGCUAGAAAGAGAGAGAAAAUUUAGGAUGUUGAUGGAACACCUCUGUGAUGAAUUUGCUGGGGAAAUUAAAGACUAUGAACAAGAGGUGCAUGCUUUAAAACAGAAAUCUGACCAGGAUUGGGCUGGAAGGGCUGACCGAGAUCGUCUGAUUCUCCAUCUAUCUGAAUCAUGGCUUGAUGAACGUAUGCAGAUGCAGCACCAAGAAGUUCAGCAUGGUGUUACUGAAAAGAAUUCAAUAGUUGACAAGUUGAACUUCGAAAUAGAAACCGUUCUUCAAUCUAAACGCCUGGAUAAUAAGAGUAUGGAAAAUCCGUUGCCAAGGGAUCGCCGCAAGUCACUUGAGUCUGUCCCUUUGAAUGAGGCUCUGAGUGCACCUCAGGACAUGGGUGAUGAAGGAGAUUCUUUAGACAGUGAUUCACAUUGUUUUGAGCUGAACAAACCUAGAAACAAUGACUUAAAGUCACAUGAAGACGAAGCUAUAGAUGGUCAUAUUAAUGAAGCAGUGAAAUUACAUGAAUUGAAGAAAAAAACCUUCUCUCAUGAACGAGUAAAAAGUCGUACUCCACCCAGCUUGCAAGUUAAGUUUGAAGAACAGAUGGAUCGGGCUAUGCCAUGUACUGGAAAUAAGAAGUCCCAGGUAGGGGAUACAGUAGAGUGUAAAAAUACAGAAGGGAAGCCAAUUGACACAAGCAUAUCCCAAAAGUCAGAACGUUACGAAGCCACCGAAGACAGCUGUUACCAAAAUAGGAAUAAACAUGAUGAAAUCCAUGUGAUGAAUUCAAAUUACACAGUUGAUAACCUUUUACGAAGUCAACUCACAUUGUCAGAUGGUGGGAACUUAAAUCCUGACAGUAAUUAUGGUGAGGCUUCCUGCAGUAACUCUGGAUGGAGGAAUCAGGCAAGUCCAGUACGACAACGGAUGGAAAAACUCACAUCUCCAGAUCAUGAUGCAUCCGCAUCUUCUUCAAUAUUGCCUCUACGCUUGAAGGAGAACACAUUGAAAGCAAAGCUUCUUGAAGCAAGGUCAAAGGGUCCACGCUCUCGUUUAAAAGCUUUCAAACGUUUCUCAUAG